AUGCUCAUCUUCGAACUCGAUCGAGAUAUUGUUAAGACUGAACUGUAUAGAAAAUGUCCAUCAAGUAUUACUCGAGAAAUUGUUGAAGAAACUAAAAACGAAAUAAUUAAUAGAAUUCUUUUUGCUAUGUCACAUGAAAUAACCAGCAAAUUAGAAGCAAUUGAAGAACGUCUUUCGACAUUUACUUGUUUGAAUGAAAAAUGUUCAUCAACUGUAGAAUUAUCUUGGCAAAUAUAUGAAAAUCUUCAAAUUCCAUUAAUUGAAUGGUUACGUGUUUUUGAUCAAGCUAAUAGUCAUCAGACAUAUAUAGAUCAUCUUAAUCAAAUAGCUGGUUUAUGUUAUGAUCAAGUACUUGUUGCUGCUACGUUCAAUGGAUUAAUUUCUUUGGCAGCUGUUGGUCCAGCAACUAUUUUAACUUUAAAUACAACAUGA